GUGAAUAAUUAUUAGUAUAUACUGGUAUAGUGGUUUACUACAUUGUGUGUUCAAUAACACAAAUUAUACAUGGAAAUUUAAUCAGAUCAAUAGUAUUAUUAACAUUAUAAAUUAUUUUAUCUAAUAAUAAUUAACCUAAAUUUACAGUACCUAUCUAAAUAAUACCAUUAAUAUUGUAACAAAAUUAAUGAUAUUUCCUUCUACUAAAACAAUAGAUAUUUGGUUUUUGUUUUAUUAUAUUUCAUGGUAAACAGAUUUUUGUUUGCAAAUAUUUAGGCAAAAACAAUGUCUAUAGUUACCUUUGAGAAACCUGUGCCCAAAGUGGCUGAGUCUGAUUGGUAUUACAAAAUAACUGAAUUAAAAGACUCUUGUGACGAACACAGAUGUUAUGCAUUUGUAUUAGGAAAUGAAUCGAAAAAACUAAGGAAUGAUACAGAUAUCACUACUUAUUGGAGUACACAUCAUACCAAUUCUAAGAUCUUUGACAGACAUACUGAAAUAACACGCUGGAAAUAUUUAAUUGAAUUAUGUUAUAAAAACUUGCAAAAAGAAAUUAAAGACUUGAAAAUUGAAAAAGAGAAAACUGAAAAAUGUAUAGAAUUUCUAAACUUGAACUUUACCGUUACAAAUCAUUGCUUAAGUAUAAGAGAUGAAAGGGGUGCUACAGAUUUAUGUCAUGAUAUUGCAUCUAUUGAAUUAAAAAAUGAACAAAACACUUUGGAAAAGCUGAAAAAGUUGUUAGUUGAAGUAUGUCAAAAUGCAUGGGAAAUGAUUAAUAAGUUAGAAGAGUUGGAAAUUAAUGUUGCUGAAGACUUAGAAAAAAAAAAUAACACAAUAAAUAUAGAUAGUCAGUUAUUAAAAAUGACAAAAGAUUCAAAUAACAUCUCUCUAAAACCAGAUCCACUAAGGGUUUCAAAAGAUUUCAAUACAUAUGAAAAAUGGCUUAAACAGUGCAUUGAUAUAAAACAAAGAAUUGAAAAUGAAUUAAUGAGUUCAACAAAAUUGCGUGAAACUAUGUUUGUAUCACAAAAUAAAACUUUAAAUGAUCUAUUAGCUCAAAAUGACAAAGUAAAUUAUAAUCUCAGAAGACGUAUUUAUGAUACAGAAAGGAUUAAGAACGAAUUAGAAUGGCAAAAAUCGAAUAUGUUAACAGAUAAGGAUAAAUUUUUGAAAGAAAUUGAAAAAUUAGAAAACGCUUUGUAUAGAAAAUUGAAUCCUAAAAUGUUGGUUGAAACACGGUGCGAAGAAAGAUUAUAUAGGGCUGGUAUUGAAUUGUGCCUUGAUAAAACUACUAUUGGAUUGCAAAAAGAACAUUUUCAACUCAAUAAUACCAUCAAAAUGUUGAAUGAUAAGCUAAAUCAAACAAAGGCUUUGCAUAAUAUUCUUAUUGAGCAAAUAAACGUACUUGAUGAGCAAUUAAAAAAUAAGACUCAUACAUUAAAUGUCGACCAUAAAUGUCUACAGUAUAGAGUACAACUGGACAACCGGAGUUGUAGCUAAUCAUCCAAUAAUUUUUUGGCUAACAGGAUAUAAUAUUAUAGACAUCUUAGAUCUUGAGAAAUCCUAAAAAAAUUUAAUGAAAUAUUAUCA